AUGCCUCGCACAGCGCAACAAAACGAGAAGAUUCUCGAGGCACUCGCUUCCGCGGACGAUGGCGGCCAACAGAUUGACGCGAUAGCGAGGAUAAGAGGAUGGUUCCGCCCCAAAGAUGCAAGCACUUCGUACGUGAUUGUCCAAGAGUAUCUGGACGAGAAAAUCGACAUGGGCGAAGUGGUAUCAAGCUUGUUCGGGCCCAUCGACGAGAAGAUCAAUGCUGCCCGCCUUGACGACGUAGACUUCAUGGACCUUUGGUACAGCAUCAUCCACUCAGCAAGACGUGUUCCAUACCAUGAGAACAGCGGAGACUGCAACCAUAACAAACUGGUCGACUUGAUCAAGAAUUCUAAAGAGCACUCUGUGCCAAACAACGAGAUCUACAACUAUAUCUACAGCGAGAUGACAGACUUUGGACUGGCUUGUCGCGAAGCCUACAACGAUGUUCCUGUCGCGCACAAUGGCUUCAUCGACAAAGAGGUAGAAGCAUGGGCAAACUUGAAUGCCCUCUAUGCUCUUGUCACGAAGAAUGGCGUGUAUGACCUCUCCAUCUAUGCCAUUUAUGCCUUGCGGCCCGCCCUCGAGGAACCCCCGGUCGAUGACCCUUUUUCCACUGCCACCCAGAAAUACGAUGCCAAUAUCCCUGCUGCAGCCGCCUGGGUUUUUGCCUAUGGGCAUGAGCUCUGUCGACUAGACAAGGACCUCACACCCUCGGACAGCAAAAUGGGCAAUCCCGGAAAAGGCGGAGAGCUCUGGACAGGUAGGGCUGGGUUCAGCCGAGAGCGGUGGGCGCUGUGGAAAGAGAGGUUCACUGCGGUUGGAAAGAUGGAUGGCGUAAAGGAAACGACGCGGGUUAUGGCGAGAGACGCGGUUGAGGCUAUGGAAAGGAGCGAGACAUCUGAGCAUAUGCGAUGAUAGUGCAUGGCUCGUGUGUAGAUAUUCAUAUUUGGCAGCGGAGGUUGUUCUCUGACACGCACAAAUUGCGGACCACCAUCACCACGUCGCAUUUGCAAAACUGCUUGUGC